CUUCGAUGUUAAUCAGUUGCUUUCUGUGUUCACAUAUUUUUGUCCACCGUGUAUGUGACCUCGAAGUGUCAUAAAGUGCUUCAAAGUUAGAAAUAAGAGUAGAAGGGUCCCCUUGAGCUGCGCGAAACAGUUUUUAGGUAUCUGCAGCAGCCAGAGAUGGGGAAGUCUACCAUGCUUGGUGCUGUACAAAACUUUCACCAGAGUUGGCCGCAUGGUGCAGCACCAGUACGUAGCGGCAAGCAAAUCCCGAGGGUAGAAAUUCAACCCUCUUGGCAGGAAUCCAUUGGAAUCCAUCAAUGUUCGAUCAACCUGACCAUUCAGUACCCUUCACCGAAGAAGAUUGACCGUACAGGAAACGUAAUCUCUCUCAUCCAAUUCGAGGAUGCAAGCGCGACGAGAAGGCAACGGCUACCAUUCGGGCGAAGAAACAGUUUAAGGGGUCAUUCGGAGGGACGAUGACUUACGUUGCACGAGGAAACGCAACGAUCGCGGGGUAGAGGAAGAAAAUUCGAAAAUUUACAAAUGGCUGAGGGUCAGAAUCGAUAUCGUGACGCAAGGAACCUUGAAAGUUCUCGAGGUCGAGGUGCCUUCCUCUCCGUAUCAGCGAGCCCAUACAGCGUGUUACAUCGAGAUUGAUGCGUGUGAAGUUCGCGUACAGUCCUUUGAACAGAAACGCAUCGGAAGGAAAACAAUGAUAAUUGCUUCGAUUUUCACGCGAAAGUGUUUUGAUUAGAUCGAGCCUCGUUGACGCUUAAACACACCGUCGUUGACAAUGAGCUUCUUCAAUUCGUUGCAACAGUACGUGACCGACAGUGUCGCGAGUUUGAGUUUGAGCCCGAAGAGAUUCUCGUUCAGUCGAGAAGACUCGACGACCAGCGGGACCGGAAGAAGCGGAUCCACCGGAAGCGUGACCGGUGCUAAUAAUACUAACUCUACCGCGCAACAGUCGACUCCUCAUGGCUAUCCAAAAGUGGUGCCACCCCCCGGGACGGUCACGUCCUCCCACAGCCGUUCCUUGUCGACGCGAAGACGGACCCUCGAGGGCACUUCCAGCCCCGGUUUGACGGUGCAUCCAGCUACCGGAAGUGCGUCGGGUAGCACCUCGCCCCGGAGGGUUGGCUCUUUUCGCAGAAGCACAGGUUCGGCGGAUCGACCUCCUUUGAUGUUCUGCAGAAGGAGACCCUCUUGGCCGGAGGUCGACAUACAAGCCACGUCCGGGGUUCAAGAGACAGACGGUUCCUUCUUCGAAAGUUUCACCGCAUUAUCCUGGAAGCAGCAAAAUCGAAGGCUGGUAGUUUUACAAGAGGUGGAGGCCAGAGCGAAGGAACCACCGCCCCCGUCCAGAGACAGCAGUUUGACAUCAUCUCAACCCUAUCGUUUCAGCAAAAAGGAGUUGGAGCAAUUGUACAUAGAAGUCCUUUACACGAUUGCCAACACGGUGGGAGCCAGUACAGGACAAUACGCCCACUACAAAGAGGAUCUUUACAGAUAUGCACAAGAGGCUUUUGAAGUUCCACAGGAUCAACAUCGACGAUAUUUGAAUAUUGCAUCCGAGGAGAAGCCUCCCAUCGUUGUCCUAAAUGUGGUGGUCGUCGAGGCGGAAGGACUCGAGGCCAAAGAUGCAAAUGGAUUCAGCGAUCCUUACUGUAUGCUGGGAAUUCAACCGGGCAACACAGGUGCACCAUUGAGUCCACAGACGAAUUUAACAGCCCAUUCACCCCAUACACCCCCUGCAUCGCCCAGGCAGGCAACACGUGCUCUUUCUGACGGGGCUGAAACGGAAAAUUCCCAUCAUGAGAAACUACGGAAGCAUCAUAGUUUCAGAUUGUCGUUCAAGCGGAAAGAGCACACGAGCAGACGCGAGCAUCGAGAAUCCUUAAGCGGUGCGGUGCCGGCGAAGUUUAUACGCGCGACCAGCGUGAAGCCGCACACGCUCAGCCCACGAUGGAACGAGAAGUUUCGUUUCGACAUCGACGACAUCAACACGGACAUUCUACACCUGGACAUAUGGGACCACGACGACGAGUCCUCGGUGUUUGACGCGGUUAGCAAGCUGAACGAAGUCCGCGGGGUCAAAGGACUCGGACGUUUCUUCAAGCAGAUCGCUCAGAGCGCGAGAUCCGGGGGUCAGGAUGAUUUUCUUGGUUGCGUGAAUAUUCCUCUUCAGGAUAUUCCUAGCACCGGUCUUGAUCGAUGGUACAAACUAGAGGCCAGAACGCAACGAAGCACUAUUCAGGGUAGAAUUAGAUUAAAGCUACGGCUGUCAACGAGAGAAGACAGGGGAACGUCGGAGGAAGACAACUGGGGUGAACUGAGACAGCAGAAAAGACUUUACACGGUCUUUCUCAAUCAUGAAAUGAAUAAACAAGGGGAAGAUUUCACAGGAGAAUUGCCACAAACGGCACUAACGAUUCUUCAUCAACACGCCGUCCAAGGUGAUGUCACGGAACUGCAACAAGCAUUAGUUAAAUGGGUAGCAACAUCCAGGCAACCGACUUGCGAUCCAAGGAUCCUUCAUCGCCUUCUUCAGGAACUAGACAACCUUUGGCACACGGACACCCUAUCUCGAGACGAGGAGCAAUGUCUUGCCGAUUCUUUUAAUGAAUUUCUUGAAGUUACGUUGAAGAAAGUUCGACAGCAUCGAGUACUCUUCCCACCGCUGCAUCGAUCAUCCAUUUCCAAACUGGAUUAUCUACUUAAAUGUUUAGGAUUACUGUCAAACAUGAAAGCUUUCCGAACCUGUUGCCCGUUCAACAAGGAAAUUCGUGGAGAAAUUAUAACUGCCCUGAGAAAAGGAACUCUUGAAUGGUACGAAGAUACGAGGCAGCAGACAAUGUGUUACGAUAAGGAACCCGAUCAGGAUGCAGAUAAAGUCUUGCAAGACUUUACGAACUUAGUAACUGCAUUACUCGUAGACUUGGAACAGGGACUCACUUACUAUAAUAGCCUUUUCGAAAGCACGAACGGCGUGCCAUAUUUCUCGGCAGUGUAUAAACAAUUGGACAAACUGCUGGCGGAACACGUGGUGAAACACAUGGAGAACACAUCCGAGAUGCAAAACGAGCUGGGAGCAAGAGUCACAACAGCUUGUCUUCAGCUUCAUGGUCAGAACGGAGACGACGAGUACGUGCUACCCCCGGGAGCGGAGAUAGGAACUCCGAUGUUCGAGUUGUAUUUGGCACUGCAAGACUUUAUAUUUAUGAAGGAAAACCUGCCGCAGUCAGAUCAUAAAACUUUGGCGAUUUGCAAGUAUUACGAGUGGUUCCGACCAGCUGUCGACAAAUGGUUGGAUCUUGCUAAACUAAAAGCUAUCCAACGUGUAAGGAAAUCGGCUGAACUGGAUCGAAUAUGCACCGGUGAAUACAUAGUGAAGCAUUGUACGUCUGCUAUUGAUGUUACAGCCUGCUUCUAUCAGAUCAAAGAAUUUUGGAAAAAGCUAGCCUGGCCUGAUUUACCUGGAUCUUACAACUUGGUCCUGAAAGUGGUCGAUGCAAUAUGCAGUUCAGCAGCUUACUAUGCAGAAAUUACACACCAGAAACUAGCUGACAGUGGAUAUUACGAGGAGCAAACGCCUUAUAAGACAACAGACGAGGUAAUCGCUCAGAUGUGCGUGGCAAUCAAUGGACUCGAAUACGUCCGGAGAUGGCUUCUGGAUUUAGGGGAGGAACUGCACGUCGAGAAGCUUUUGACAGCUUUGGAGUGUCAAGCCGGCGAAUCAGCUCGGAUGCAGUGGAGGACUGCUUUGACAACGCCACUUGAACAGACACCGGGACAAAUGUUGCUGUUCAUUAAUCAGAUCGUUUCAAGAAUCGGCACGAAGAUGAGACCACCUUUGAAGAAGGCGAUGUUCCAUCUGGCUUGGUCACCGGACAGUUUACCCACUUCUGAGGCAAUCGCACCUUUAUUGGAAUAUUUAGAUGUUCAUUUGGUAGCGUUAAACUCCGCUCUCCUUGUGGUGAAUUUCAAUCGAGUCCUUCAGGACAUCUGGGAGGUGGUGCUUGUAGAACUUAGUAAUCAGAUGGAUGGGAACGCAGGUGACAAACCAGCGAUGUUUUACGAAAGACUCCACGAGGCACUGGAUCUGUUGAUCAAAUUCUUCCACGCGGACGAGAAGGGUUUACCAUACGAUGCGCUUCAUUGUCAGAGCUUUUUGAACGUCGAAGAACGACUACAGUACCAUAAAAUGGACACGACGUUCUUGAUUGAUCGAUUUUAUCGACAACGACUUCAGGACCAAUUGAACACCGUGGCUUCCGAGUACGGUGUUCUAACAGUGAGAGCGUAUCUAAAUCACGAUUCCCUCUGUGUUGAAGUUAUAAACGCCAGAGAUGUGAUACCAUUAGAUCCGAAUGGUUUCAGUGAUCCAUUCGUCAUCAUCGAAUUGCUACCACGAAGAGUGUUCGAGCAUUGUGCCGAGCAGAGGACCAACGUGAAGAAAAAGACUCUGAACCCCAUGUUCGACGAGUGUUUCGAAUUCUCAGUAAGUGUCGAGCAAUGCCGGAGUCCAGACGCUAUGGUACUGUUCACGGUGAUGGACCGUGAUGUCCUCACGGCUGAUGACUUCGCUGGCGAAGCAUUCUUAGGGCUAAGCACCAUACCAGGUGUGGCCGACACGAAUGCGAGCAUAGACAAUUUCCAUGGCCUCAAACACACCGAGCUGCCUCUUAUGCAGCAAAAGAAUCGAAGUCACCCGAUUCUUCAAAUUCUGGAGACGAGAGUCGGUGACAAAGUGGCCCUCGACUUCGUUAAGAAGCAGAAACAACGAUUCGCAUCGACGUAAAACGGGUCCAUGGCUAAUAGAGCACCGCGGAAACAAAUCAGUUUUGUUCGUGAUACAUUAAUAUCGUAUUGACUCUAUUUAUCGAUCAAUGGAAAAAAAAGGAAGUUAAGAGAUUUAUCCGCGGAUAGCUCGUCGACUCUGUUCCCUGUUUGUCCUGAAAUUCGCCACCUUUCUCAGUGUAAAUCGUGUUGAAUAUAAUCGGUGUUGGUAACUAAAGAAAUUAACUAAGAAAAGUCAGAACAAGAGGGAAUAAUUAUUAAACAAUACAGAAUCAGAAAGGAUAUAACUGAGGUAAAAAAUGAGCAUACACUGGCUUGCAAUUAUAUUCAAACAUCAAGAUAAUUAAGUAAUUAUUAUCUAUUUACAAUUAUAUUAAAACAUUUUUUUAAUUAAUGAAGAUACAAAUUUUAAAGGAAAUACUGUUAGCUCUUCUGGUUCUGAUAAGGUUUAAUUAAAUAUCAUGAUGUAUGAAUAUUAAUGCGAACCACUAUAUAUUCAAAACUAUUUUUGUGUGGAAAGGAAAAGUCGCGAGGAGAGCAGUAAAAAAAAGGUUUAAAUCUGUCAGCGUGAUGUAUUUAAAGAUAAAUGUUUAAAAAACAAAAACUCGUCGAGACCGUCGAAACUCGGAGCAAUGCUAAACGGCCUGGAAAAUGUUUUUCAAAAAAGGAGCACGAAGAUCUUUCAAACUCGAUACGUCCUUUUAAAAUCGCUCCUUUUAUUCUAUUAAAAGGAUUAUAUAAAAUAUGAACAUUUAUUUAGUAGAUUUAUUUUUUCUUCCAAAUUACCGGUUUACGUUACGCAUCGCGAUGCAAUCUGUACGUAAAAAAUUGAUCACCGAUUCGCAUUGCUUCGACGACUACAGAUCAAUUCCAGAGAGUCGAUAUACGAUAUUUUUCUUACUCGUCAUUGGCUAAAAUCUAUUUCUAUCUUUCCAACAAACUGUUCCCCAAUUCUCUGACCAUAUAACAACGAUACUUUCUUCUUAUUCUGCACGACGGAUUUCAAUCGACCUUUACAAAAAAGAAAACUAAGGAAAUCCAUCGAAAGGACAUAGAAAAGAAAUGAAAUAUAAUAAGGAUAUGAAAAAUGAGUUCAUAGACGAACGAAUGAUCUAAUCUGUACGUAAAGACACGUCAGAGAAAGAUAAUUAAUUAAACGAUGUAAUUUAAUAAUGUAAAGGUGAUGAAAGUAUCCCCUCGUGUUCUUGUCACAGGGAUUCGGUGUGUUUUAUUUCUUGCUCGUACAAUCUGAAUCGUUCUAGAGCUUUAAUACGAUCACUCGACACGUAGCGAUCGAAUCAAUUUCAAGAAAGUGGACGAGUAGCUAAGAAAGCGUUGAAAAGUUUCAAAAAUUAUCCGAAGAGAUUGUGUGUGUUGGUUUCUUUGAUGUGGAUCUUGAACAGAGAUGGGAUUUAAGUGUACUCCAAGAAAAUUCGAUUUCACUGAAUUUUUUUAAACUAGGAAUUGGAUUAAAUUUUUAUCUAGAUUGAGAAAUAUUUUAAGAAGCUCCAUGUUUCUUUAGGUGAUAUCUUUAGCUUCUGAUUCUUCAGUAUUUGAAUUCUAUCAAUUCGUGAAGAUAUAUUUUCCUACCCCUAAAUAAAAUACCACCUCUUAUGAGUAAUUUUCAAAUUCCACCAGCUGCAAUUCGUUUUGGCAAUUGAUUUAAAUCUCGAUCCCAUCUCUAAUCUUGAAAUUAUUAACUCGUAUGGAAGAAUUAUAAGAAGAGAAGCGAUCGAUGAUGAUGAAAAUUGGCGACCAAAGUGAGGAACGAAAUCUAAUGCUGAAUUACAUAAACGCACACUCGUCAAUUUUUCUAUUGCACCCGGUAUUCACACGCGUCUCAUUUGCGUCUACAAAUACACACACACAUAUACACAUCUAUACACAUUGAAGGGAAUGUAAAGUGAAAGAAUUUCGCGAUAAUCGACAAACACAUCUUUGUAUUUCACUCGCCUUUGAAAAAUGAAAAUUAUGUUCAAAAAAAAAAAAGAAAAAAGAAAU